AUGCGUGCCUACAACAACAGCGUUGUACCUUCUGGUGGAAGCUUCUUGGAGCUUUGGAUUGACCCCGCCACGCUGCUUUCCGGAGUGGACGACGGGCUGACCUACUGCACAGAUCCUGCUCGGUAUGACUACAACUAUAGCGAGCGCUUCAGCUACAAGAUGGCCGGGUGUGAACACCUGCCCUUCGGCGAAAGUUACCUGAAGGGAGAGUCCAGCUUGUUUUUCCCGACGUCCGUUGACGACACGUACGUCCUGACUUUCGGAGCCAAGAAAUGCUUCGACUAUGUUAAUGCGUCCAAUGUUGUGGAAGCAGACCUGCUUUGUCAGCAGGUCGGUGGCACCCUGUUUUAUACUCGAACGCCGGUGUCUAGCGCAGGAGGGGUAGCGUGUGAGUGCCGAAGGCAACGCUCCUUCUUUGCUGCUUCGCCGGAGAAGCAACGAUUCCUAGUGAUGCAUGGGUUCCUUGCAAGCAACAUGGGAGUCUUCGGCAACGAGCGGAUGCGCGGAAGCACCCGCUUCUCGUCCAAUCAGCGAAGUUCCGAUGGACGCUCCUGGCAGGAUGUGCGGGAUGAGGGGAUCCUCACGGUCGUCCAAGAUGACCAGGGCCAGGAGUGCCUUAUUGGCGGCACCUCGCGAUUUUAUCCCCACGAGUCCCGGCUGGGGAUCGGUGCGACGAUAGAGGAGUGGUUGCGGUGUGCAGGCGUGGACCUGGAGUGGUCUGAUCCCGCGGUCGCCACCCAAGCCCACAGCGAGCCCCCGGUUGCGCGCCUGACGGGCCUGGAGUUGGCCAUUGAACUGGACUACCGAAAUAUCCACGGCGUGCACUUCAACGGGGUCGUCUGCUUCGCCCGCGUGCGGGCCAUGCAGCGCUGGAACGCGCGGCCAGUGCUCCACUACGACUACAGCCGAAUCGACGGUGCCGAGUCUGCCUAUCGGGCGCGGCAUCAGCGUGGCGUGGAAGUCCGCUUCGCCGUCCAGGGAAAAAUCGAUUUCCUGGACUUCACCUUGCUGACCACGGCAAUUUCGAACAUCUUGAGCCUCUUAACCAUCCUGCCCACGCUGGUCAUUAGCCUCGUCGCCGUGAACUUCCUAGGCCCGCUUUCCAACAUCUUCUACGCCGCCAUGGAGAUUAAAGUCAACGUGGCUCAAGACUGCCGAUCGAUGAUCACCCGCCUCAUGACCAGCGAGGCGGCCUUCGAGGAUCUGUGCAACAAGCAGGGCGGCGGCCAGACUGCGGAAAACAAGUUCACCAAAGGUCACAUGAAGCAACUGAUGGAUGAGAUCCUGAGAAAAGAAGAGGACCUGCAGGACAGGGAGAAAGACCACAUCGUUGACUUUCUCAUGGAAGAGCUGCACAAUGGAGAGGACCAAAAGAUUGUCGACCGAAUGAAGUACAUGAAGUUGCACCAUGCCCACGACCACGUGCAGCUUGAUGAUGUGGUGGACCUCUUCGAUGGCGAUCGUCAGAAAGGUUUCCUCGAGACGCUCUUCCGUGAUGAUGACUUCAACAAGAAGCAGGGCCAAUACAGGCGAAGGAUGACCUUGAGAGCAGAGGGCCAGCUCCCUGAGGGCCUGCUCCCCGAGGCGCAGCAGGCGAAAGCUGAGAAUGCACAUGACCAGCGCCACAGCACCUUGACAAGCAGCAGAAUUGGGAAGGGCGAAGCUCUUCAGCAUGAGGCGGAAGCACGCGCAAGUGUGUCGAGCCGAACGUCCCCAGAUCAGAUCGCUCUCACCGUGGCUCAGCCGCCGCAGGGUCGCAAGCGAAUGUGGGCUGCCGGCCACGUCAGUCUUCUCCUCGCAGAGCAGAGGGGCAAAGAAUCCGAGUGA